AAAACACUCACUCUUCUCCGCUCUUUUCUACAGUAACUCCAUUGAUAUAGUGGGUAUCCACUGACUGACCCCACAGAUGAAGCAUAUUUUGUAGAGGGGGAACCACAGCCCCCCACCCACAGCAGGGACUGUUUGAGGUGGGUCUCUGAGUGCAGGAUGGAGAGAAUUUGAGGGAACUUAGUCCUCAGGAGAGUCCUGAGUUGUGACUCGAAGCUCAGCUGAGCUCAGAUUCAUCAGAGCCCACCCUGUGAAUGAUAUGAGCCAUGGAUCCUGGAGAACUUGAUAAUCCUGUAACGCUGGUAAUUAAGGCCCCCAACCAAAAGUAUGAAGACCAGACCAUCAACUGCUUCCUCAACUGGACUGUGGAGAGGCUGAAGAGUCACAUCUCCAAAGUGUACCCAAGCAAACCGCUGUCUAAAGACCAACGGCUGGUGUACUCUGGGAGACUCCUUCAGGAUCACCUGCAGCUCGGAGAUGUGCUCAGAAAGCAGGAUGAAUACCACAUGAUGCAUCUAGUGUGUGCCUCUCACAGCCCGCCAGCCUCGCCCAUGCCUCGGAGCCCCUCCACGGCCAGCUCUUCUGCCUCUGACUCCAGCAGUUCAGACAACACUGGCUCCUCCUCGCCUGCCAACACUACAAAUCAGGACAGUCAGCCGGCCUCUUCCUCUUCUGUCCCAGGAAGUUAUGAUGGUCUGAGGUAUCGCGGCGGCCUCCCCCAGUACAACCCUCACGGCCCCUCUGCUGUCCCUCAGUGGCCCGAUGGAACCCAGGUCCCUCUUCAAGGCGGCCUCCCGGCCAACAUGCCCCCCCACCCAAUGUACAUGCCCAUGCAGAUGCUGUGGUGGCAGCAGAUGUAUGCACGCCAUUACUACAUGCAAUAUCAAGCAGCAGUAGCCGCCUCUCAGCCUCCCGCCUCCCCCCCUCCUUCCUCUCCCUCCCCCUCCUCGCCCCUUCAACCCGCCCAGCCCAACGAGGCCGUGCAGCCGCCGCUGGGACCCAACCCGGACCCCAACCCUCUACCAGAGAACCAGCCGGCGAAUCCCAACAUCCAGAUGAACGCGCAGGGCGGGGCGGUGCUGAACGACGACGAGCUGAACCGCGAUUGGUUGGACUGGUUGUACACGGUUUCUCGUGCCGGCGUGCUGCUCAGCAUCGUUUACUUCUACUCUUCCUUUAGCCGCUUUGUAAUGGUGGUGGGCGCCAUGCUGCUGGUCUACCUACAUCAGGCUGGCUGGUUUCCUUUCAGGCUGGAGCAGCAGAACCUGAGAGGAGGAGAUGGAGCCAGAGCUCCUCAGGAGGAGGCAGAGAGACACCAGGACAUACAGGAAAUGGAACGUUUGAUGGAUGAGGGUCUGGAGGACGACGACAGCGGGGAGGAGGGAGGGGGAGGACACGAGGAGCAGGCUGCUGCUGCUGCUGCUAUACCUGAACCAAGCUUCCUUACCACCGCGUGGUCCUUCAUCAGCACCUUCUUCACCUCGCUCAUCCCCGAGGGACGACCCCAAGCAGCCAACUAGGCAGACCCCGCCCCUCUCUGUGCUGCCAUCAGGUACCGCUCUACAGAAGUAUCAACAUAUUCCCACCUUCAUCUUAACCGUCUACAACACCUCGAUUAAACUUCUUCAGAUAAACAAAUAGUGCUCCCCGGAGGUUUGAAAACCUCUGAAAAGCUGCCAACAAACCGACGGAUCCUUUUUACUCUGACGCGUGAGAGCAAGAUGCAGUGUGAGUUCUGCAGGAGAGGAGAAGAAAGAAUAUUAAGAAAGUAAAUAUUGCGCUGUGUUAAUGGAUUAAAUGCUUCAGCGAUGGACUUUUUUUUUUUUUUUGUGUCCUCAUUGGUCGUGAAUUAAUUUGACGUGGUGAAGAAUCAUGAGAGAGUGGAGGGAGUUGUCUUCCAUUUUAAAGCAGAGAAAAACAAGGAUGUUGAAACUUUUUUUUUUUUUUAGGGGGAUGUGGGCUCAACGUUUAAAAGAAAGGAAAAAGAAAGUAAUCUCCUGAAAUGAAAGGAGCCGUGUGAGAAGCCACAUCCCCCAAAAGACAUUCUCAUGUAUGCACAGGAUGUGCGUACAGACAUUGCAGCUACUGAAGCACAUUGUUUUCCCACUUUGUGUAUUUGAACAUUAUCUAUUUACACAUGUAAGUAUAUGCAUCUUUAAUUCCUGAAUAUACGCUUUUUUUGGAAUAAAAUCUUGUUGAAUUUGA